GGCUGCUCACCGGGUCGAGCAAGCUGUUGUGCACGCGCCUCUCGCGAGGACUGCUGCGUGUGUGUGGGCAUGGACGGUCCACGUUGGCUGAGACGCGUGCUUGAAACUCCGACGAGCGUGAACGCUGCAGCCACCGAGCACGACAAUUUGGAUCUGGCGUGUCCUACCCCAGCAAGCGCGGUCCUGUAGCCCCGUCCGACCAUCUUCCUUUCCACCGUCGUCGUCGUCGUCGAUGCGCACAAUGGCUUCGCUUUUGUCUGCGAUCGUCAAACCGCUCGCAUACGCGUCGAUCCCCGUCUUCGUGCUUCACACGCUCGCCCAAUCAUCACCAAUCGCACGGUACUACGUUCGUCUCGCGGUCUACAUCUCUACACUGGGCGUAUGCUCUGCAUGGGGCGCGAUCUGCGCCGUGGGCAUGUCACUCAUCGGCCGCAAGCUCGACGUGUUCUUCGUUGCCGGCCGGAGCUUCUACGCUCUAGCGAGCCGCACGAUUGGCAUCAAGCUCAUCGUCGAGGGCGAAGAGCACCUGCAGACACGCCCGGCGGUGUUCGUGGGCAAUCACCAGAGCAUGCUUGACAUCCUCUAUCUGGGAAGAAUAUUCCCGCGCCAGACGUCCAUCAUUGCGAAGAAGGAACUGCAAUGGUCUCCUAUAUUGGGCCAGUUCAUGUCGCUGUCCGGCGCGGUGUGGAUCGAUCGGGGCAACAGCGCGAAAGCCGUGCGUUCGAUGACCGCCGCCGGCGAGACGAUGCGCGCAAAGCAGAUGUCGCUAUGGUUAUUCCCUGAGGGCACGCGUUCCAUGCGUGAACAUCACGACAUGCUGCCGUUCAAGAUGGGCGCAUUCCAUAUCGCAAUCCAAGCGGGAGCGCCGGUCGUCCCAGUCGUAUGUGAGAACUACUGGAGAUUGUACAGGAAAGGUGUAUUCGAAACUGGCACGCUCAAACUUCGAGUUCUACCACCUGUCUCGACUGAAGGUUUGACAACGGCAGACGUGCAUAUACUGGCAGCGCGUGUCCAUGACCAAAUGGUUGACGCAUUGCGCGAGAUAUCCAUACCCGUCUCGUUGCCGAACGAGCCAGAAGAGUUCAAGUUUACUCCCGUACCGUCGAAUGAGCCAGGCAAGCCUCCGAUUUCUUCAGAAACAACUUCCGCGCUUCCUGUAGAGCCCGAGAUUCCGCAUGGGUCCGAAUCUUCUGAUCCGCUUUCGCGAUCAGAAAGUCGGGCAUCAACUCAGGCAUCUGAGGAAGCGUUAUCCUCUUCCACGUCAAUCUUGGGUGGCAGGACGCGUUCAGGAAGCGAGUAUGGGACAGAGACUGAGGAGGACGAUGGCAUGGUGCUAGUGGGAAGACCAAAAUAGAUCUUGGAGCACAGUACCUUAAUGGGUGGGUGAGCAAGGGGAGUUGAGACGGUAAGGUGUUUGCUGUCUGUCGGACAAGCUGGGAACCUGGGAAUGUCAUGAACGUAACACUAUCUAAAGUAUCAUAGCCAUGUUGCAAAUCUAUUGUGCCUUGCAAAGUCAGACGCUCUUCUCUGCCAGUGCUAGUGCCACCUACACACUAUCCUGCUGUGUUGCCGUUACUUCCUGCGUUGAGGUAAUUGAGCCGGGUCUAAUUCUUGCUCGGCGUUAUUGCGGCGCGGGUGUUUGCUUCUGAUGCAUGAAGGAAGCUUGACCCUGCCCUGGAUGACAACACACUAGCUGAACUCGCAACGAGCGCUUGACCAACUGUGCCUUGAGGGCGGCCACAUGCGCUAGCUUCAAUACCAACGG